CUUGAAAAGUGGUGAAAAGUUUUCAGACCCCCUCCUCUCCUCUCCUCCUCUGAAUGUUUUUGUUGGGGGAAAAGUUUGUUGGUAGUUAGCUAACUAACUAACUAUCUAAAGUAGGUCCAUCGUGUUUUCUCCCCCUCGGUAACAAUGCGGGGGACUUUUCCUCAGUUUUAACGUCGGAGUCGGACCGCGGAGCUUCUUCUUCUUCUAGUGAGCAGAGUUAAAACAACGUCCUCUCUCUGGCUGCUCGGACUGGAAAACCUCAGUGGCCAUCAUCGUUUCACCUCUGCUGCUGCUGCUGCUGCUCAGUUAGCCACCUAGCAGCUACCCAACAGAGUUACCUCGCCUUCAUAGUGUGUUAACUUGUGGUAACUAAACCGCAGAGAUGUCGGAAACCAAAAUAAUCUACCACAUCGACGAAGAGGAGACUCCGUAUUUGGUGAAGAUCCCCAUCGCUGCCGAGAAUAUCACUCUGCUGGAUUUUAAACAGGUCUUGAACAAGCCAAACUACAAAUUCUUCUUCAAGUCUAUGGACCAGGACUUCGGGGUGGUGAAGGAAGAGAUUUCCGAUGACAGUGCCAAGUUGCCAUGCUUCAACGGCAGAGUGGUUUCAUGGUUGGUAUCUUCAGACACUCCGACAGCAGAGCCUCCAGUGGCGGUGGUCCCCCCUGUGGAAACGACUACCCAGCCUUCGCCCCCUCCUCCGCCCCUCCCACCCCCACCUGCAGAGAGGACCGGGGGCAUCGGGGACUCCAGACCGCCCUCCUUCCACCCCAAUGCGACCGGCAGCGUGGAGACCUUGGACGACCAGACUGAAACGGAGUCUGUAGUUUCCUUCAGGAGGGAGCGACCUCGGCACAGAGAGGGCAUGGAGCCACACGGGCCUCGUAUGAACGGCCAGAGUCGACUGGAGCGCCACCUGGCAGGAUACGAGAGCUCCAGCACCGUGAUGAGCAGCGAGCUGGAAACCACCAGCUUCUGCGACUCUGAGGACGACGACACCAUGAGCAGGUUCAGCAGUGCGACAGAGCAGAGCACCGCCUCUAGGCUUCUUAAACGGCACCGCAGACGCAGGAAACAGCGCCCCCCACGUUUGGAGAGGGCCUCCUCCUUCAGCAGUGUGACAGACUCCACAAUGUCCUUGAACAUCAUCACCGUCACUCUCAACAUGGAGAAGUACAAUUUCUUGGGCAUCAGCAUUGUGGGCCAGAGCAACGAGAGGGGCGAUGGAGGCAUCUACAUCGGCUCCAUCAUGAAGGGAGGAGCUGUGGCUGCGGACGGACGCAUCGAACCCGGUGACAUGCUGCUGCAGGUGAAUGACAUCAACUUUGAGAACAUGAGUAACGACGAUGCGGUGCGGGUACUGAGGGAGAUUGUACACAAGCCAGGGCCCAUCAUCCUGACAGUGGCUAAGUGCUGGGACCCUUCUCCUCAGGGCUACUUCACUCUGCCUCGCAAUGAACCGAUCCGACCCAUUGACCCAGCGGCGUGGGUGAGCCACUCUGUGGCGAUGACCGGGGCCUACCCCGCCUUCCCAGGCAGCUCCUCCCUCAGCACCAUCACCUCUUCUUCCUCCGUCACCGAGACCGAACGUUUCGAUGACUUCAACUUAUCACUGCACUCUGACAUGGCGUCGGUGGCCAAGGCCAUGGCCUCACCAGAGUCGGGUCUGGAGGUCAGAGACCGCAUGUGGCUUAAAAUCACCAUCCCCAACGCUUUCCUCGGCUCGGACGUAGUGGAGUGGCUCUUCCACCACAUCGAGGGAUUCCAGGACCGCCGUGAAGCCAGGAAGUACGCCAGCAACCUGCUGAAGGCCGGCUUCAUCCGACACACCGUCAACAAGAUCACCUUCUCCGAACAGUGUUACUACGUUUUCGGAGAUCUAAGCGACUGUGAGAACUACAUGGCCAACCUGUCCCUGAAUGACAACGAUGGCUCCAGCGGGGCCUCAGACCAGGACACCUUGGCCCCGCUGCCUCUCCCCGGGGCUUCCCCAUGGCCCAUGAUGCACACCUUCCCCUACCAGCCCUACCCGACACACGCCUUCUCCAGCCAGCCGCCUCCGUACCACGAGCUCACCAGCUACAGCUACGCCCCCGGCAGCACCGGCAGCCAGCACAGCGAAGGGAGCCGGAGCAGCGGAUCGACGAGAAGCGAGGGCGAGCGACGCCGCAGCACUAAAGGUCCGGGCAGCACCGUGGGCGGAGGGGAGAAAUCCCCCUCCGGCGGGGGCGGAGAAGGCGGCGGUGGUGCCGACUCGCGCUCCGGCAGCGGCAGCGAAUCGGAAUACUCCACCCGCAGCAGCCUGAGGCGCGGCCACGGUUCGGCCGCCCCCAGCGAGCACAGCCACGCCUCCUCCCAGCGCUCGCAUCACCACCGCAUUCCCGGACCGCCCCACAUGUCUCCCUACCCGCCGGGCAUCCUGCCGUACAACCCCAUGAUGGUGAUGAUGGUACCCCAGCACCCACACCCGGCCAUGGCGGCUCACUCUCUUCCUCACGCGCAGCAGAUGGCCGCGGCGGCGAUGCACCCGGCUCUAGGACCGCCACCUUCCUCCGUUCCGGGGGGGCCUCCCGGCGCCCCGCCAACCCGUGACCUGGGCGCCGUGCCCCCAGAGCUGACUGCGUCGCGCCAGUCGUUCCACCUGGCCAUGGGGAACCCCAGCGAGUUCUUCGUGGAUGUCAUGUAGUCGUUCUGUCUUGGUGUUGAGUGACCAUUCAUGUGAAGUUAGUGUACGGUUCCCACUUGUUUUGACGAGGAUCUGGUGAUAGCUUUUUGAGCUCACAAGGGCCGAUUGGAUUGAGGGCACUUGUUACAAAUUUGGUGAGAACAGGGUUUUAACAUUGACAAAGAAAAUAAGAUAAAACGAAAACACAGUUAAUGUGGGAUAUGAAUCUGACUAUAAGUCUUCAAAGUCUAGUUUCUCUUCCUCUGAAAUCCACUACAUAAAUCCAGAAAAAACACUUCUACUUUCUUAUCUCAGUAGUGAGCUUGUUUUUCCUGCAAAAAAAACAUUCUCAGAAGAUUUUGAUUCCCAAUCAGAGCUGCUCAGCAGCACUCUGAUUUUUGCAAUCCAAAUCAAAAACCCAAAUAAUAUUUUAGCAGGGGGGAAGCACCUUCCCAAACCUGCUAUUGAAUGUCAGAGCUGUCCAUCCAGGAAGCGCACAGACCACAGUUUAACACUAGAGGGUGCCAGGUACACUGUGUACUUGAAAAGGAUACAAUCCUGUAUACAUAUCUGGAUCAGCAUGCCAUAUUUGUUGGCAGCACAGGAGUAUAUCGAGUGCCUUACUCUUUGCAUUUUUUUUAGAGACAUUUUCACACUCCAGGUACAUAAAAUAACUUGUUCCAGCAUUGUUUGACAAUGAACUCCUCUGUAUAUAUCUACUACUCCUAUGUAAAUGCAACGAUACAGAACAGCAAUGUGAAAAGAAAAACCGGUCCAAAAAAUGUCAGGUGAACUUGUGUUUUAGUGAUCACUGUCUAGGCCUAGUCGUCAAAUAACUCCAAGGAGUUGUCGGUGUGGGACUGUAACGGUACUAAUAGGUGAAAAAGACGAGAUGCUGAAAGCGGUACUUUUUGAUUACAUGCAGUGUAUAUCUUAAGUAACUGUGAUCCAAAUGCCCCCAUGCUUAUUUUUAUGUUACUGACUCGCAUUAUUCACCCAUUUCAUUUUUUUGUAUGAGUGACUAUAUAAAAUCAUGUAUAACCGAACUAUUAAGGUGCUAAAUGAAGAUUCAACAUUUCAAAAAAAAAAAAAAAAGAAAUGACAUUGACGGUGUCACAUUGUUUGAUUUCAUAUCGCCACCUUUGUUUGUGUACUUGAGAAUAAAUUUGAUACUUACAUACUG